UAUUUUAUGCCAAUACCUCGGGAAACAAGCAAAAUCAUCACGAAAAAAAAUAUCACAAGUCUAAAUUUAAAUUAGAAAACAAACUGUUCACAUUCCAAUUCUAAACAGAACAAAACGUUCAGCAGAAGACAUUCACCCUGAGGCAACACGGAGAAGACAAGUGACUCUCUGAGGCAAAGAGCUGCUAAUUAGACAAUUACAGGAGACAACACUUGGUUUAGCAGAUACUUGCAUCUCCAAGGAAUUGAGACAAGGCCUAAUUUAACAAAGAUCAGAAAGAAGGUCUCCUAGAUAAAACAACAGACUAGCCUGUGGGAGAAAGAUUCAAUCUGCCUGAACCUCCAGAGGAAUUAAAAGGAGGGACUACCUAUAAAACCUAGAUUGUUCCGGUAAGGAGAUCCUCUCAGCUGAAUGUAACCUGAGACAGUAGAAAGAUAUUCACUGCCAGGGGGGUAUGAGAAGAAUCCACAGCAAGUCAGAUGGAUGAGGCGAAGCAGACAUAACACCUCUUCGAUUUAAUCUCCAAGCAGAGAUUUCAACAAGUAAACGAAAUGGGUGAAGAAAGCUUGAGGAAAAGAAAAGGAGGGGACGAUGGAGAAGAGGAUGGACAGUCCAUUCAGAGUCAUGAACCCCAAACGAUGAACCUACAAAAGCAGGUGGGCCUCAUCAGUGGAAUCUGUAUGAUUGUUGGUACAAUUAUUGGCUCAGGUAUCUUUGUUUCUCCAAAAUCAGUACUUGCCAAUGUUGGAGCUGUGGGUCCUUCUUUAAUCAUCUGGGCAGCCUGUGGAGUUCUUGCAACAUUAGGGGCACUUUGUUUUGCUGAGCUUGGUACAAUGAUCACAAAAUCCGGGGGAGAAUAUCCUUACCUUAUGGAAGCAUUUGGCCCAAUUCCAGCAUUUUUGUUUUCUUGGACAAGCUUACUUGUCACAAAACCCAGUUCAUUUGCAAUCAUUUGUCUCAGCUUUGCGGAAUAUGCAUCAGCUCCUUUUUAUCCGGGUUGUGAUCCACCCCAAGUUGUCAUCAAGUGUCUUGCAGCAGCUGCCAUUGUGGUAAUUACAAUAGUCAAUUCACUGAGCGUGAAGCUGGGAAGCUAUCUCCAGAAUUUUCUCACAGCUGCUAAGAUGAUCAUUGUCACAAUCAUUAUUAUAAGUGGAAUUGUUCUCCUUGCACAAGGAAAAACUGAAAACUUCAAAGAUUCUUUCAAGGACAGUAAAAUUUCUGUUAGUUCUAUUGGUCUGGCAUUUUAUAAUGGACUUUGGGCAUAUGAUGGAUGGAACCAACUCAAUUACAUCACAGAAGAACUUAAAAAUCCUUACAGAAAUCUACCGCUAUCUAUAAUUAUUGGAAUCCCCUUGGUUACAGUUUGUUACGUUCUGAUAAACAUUUCAUAUUUCACCGUAAUGACUUCAACAGAACUCCUGCAGUCCCAGGCAGUUGCUGUGACAUUCGGAGAUAGAGUCCUUUAUCCAGCUUCUUGGAUAGUUCCUCUCUUUGUGGCCUUUUCUACAAUUGGAUCUGCCAAUGGGACCUGUUUUACUGCAGGCAGACUUGUUUACGUUGCAGGUCGUGAAGGGCACAUGCUAAAGGUGCUAUCUUACAUCAGUGUUAAGCGUUUAACACCAGCACCUGCUAUCAUAUUUUAUGGGGCCAUUGCUAUUAUUUAUAUUAUCCCUGGUGACAUUGAUACACUUAUAAAUUAUUUUAGUUUCGCAGUCUGGCUGUUUUAUGGUUUAACUGUACUUGCACUCAUUGUUAUGAGGUUUACAAGAAAGGAACUCAGGAGACCAAUCAGGAUACCAAUCAUCAUUCCAGUCAUAGUGACAUUAGUCUCCAUUUUACUGGUAUUGGCACCAAUCAUCAGUGCACCGGAAUUGGCCUAUUUGUACUGUGUUUUAUUUAUACUUAGUGGACUUAUAGUUUAUGUACUUUUUGUCCACUUUAAAUUCAACUGGCCCCAAAAAAUAUCAAAGCCCAUCACUAUGCACCUUCAGAUGCUUUUGGAAGUUGUUCCAGCAGAGGAAGCUGCUGAGUAAAAUAUUUUAUAUGCACCAGUUUGGUUUUAAGUGCCAUACAGGUUGAAGGAGAUUCAGUUGAGUUUGGCACACAUUUAUACUUUCUAAAUUGUUAUGUUAAUAUUGAUGUAUUAUUUUUGCAACACUUUAGUACUUGAAAAAUGUUCAAUAUAAAAAAGAUUUCUGAGCCA